AGACAAGGUUUAUAAAGCAUUUCCUGGGACGAGGCUGAGGAAAACCACAUGGUGGUGCCUGUCUCCGCGAACAGUCUACAAAGAGCUUCUGAUUGCAGCCAGCAGGGAGGCUCCGGGACCAUCUUCAGCCCCUCACAGACAGGUAGUUCCUGUCUCUGGCUUCCAGGGUUGGACUUCUGGGCCAGGCAAUGGCUCUCCUGUGGCUCUUUUCUUUGUGGUUGCUGGUUCCGGGAACUCAAGGUACCGAAGAUGGGGACAUGCGUCUGGUUAAUGGAGCCUCAGCCAGUGAGGGCCGCGUGGAGAUCUUCUACAGAGGCCAGUGGGGGACAGUGUGUGACAACCUCUGGAACAUUUUAGAUGCCAACGUCGUUUGCCGGGCCCUGGGCUACGAGAACGCCACUCGGGCGCUGGGCAGAGCUGCCUUCGGGCCAGGACAGGGACCUGUCAUGCUGGAUGAGGUGGAAUGUGCAGGAACGGAGCCCUCGCUGGCCAAUUGCAGCUCCCUGGGCUGGCUGAAGAGCCGCUGCGGGCACGAGAAGGAUGCGGGCGUGGUCUGUUCCAACGAAACUGAGAGCAUGCACAUCCUGGACCUCUCCGGAGACCUCCCAGAUGCGCUGGGCCAGAUCUUUGACAGCCAGCAGGGCUGUGACCUGUUCAUUCAGGUGACAGGGCAAGGGCACAGGGAUCUGACCCUCUGUGCCCACAAGCUGAUCCUGAACACCAACUCGGAGGCCCAGGCCCUGUGGCACGCAGAGGGCAGCAGCGUCAUCAUGAGAGUGGACGUGGACUGCAUGCCCGUGGUCAGAGACUUCCUCAGGUACUUUUACUCCCGAAGAAUCGAGGUCACCAUGUCUUCUGUUAAGUGCUUGCACAAGCUAGCCUCUGCCUACGGGGCCACACAGCUUCGAGACUAUUGCAGCCGGCUGUUCGCCACCCUCCUCCCCGAGGAUCCCACUUUCCACACGCCCCUGGAGCUCUAUGAGUACGCACAGGCCACCAGGGACUCUGUGCUGGAAGAGCUGUGCGUGCAGUUCCUGGCCUGGAACUUUGAGCCUCUGACACAGGUUGAGGCCUGGCUGAGUGUUCCCACCACCUUGCUCCAGGCUCUCCUCUCCAAGAGUGAGCUGGCUGUGUCUAGUGAGCUGGACUUGCUGAAGGCCGUGGAUCAGUGGAGCGCGGAGAGUGGCGCCUCCCAUGCUGAGGUGGAGGGCCUGGUGGAACAGGUCCGCUUCCCCAUGAUGCUGCCCCAGCAGCUGUUUGAGCUGCAGUUCAACCUGUCCUUGUACCAGGGUCACCAGGCACUGUUCCAAAGGAAGACCAUGGAGGCCCUGGAGUUCCACACUGUGCCUUUCCCAGUACUGGCCAAGUACAGAGGCCUGAACCUCACGGAGAACACCUACAAGCCCCGGCUUUACACCUCCUCAACCUGGAGCACCUUGGUGACAGACCGUUCCUCAAGGUCACAGGGUGCGCAAGUGUAUGGGUACUAUUCAUAUGGCUAUGAUUCAGUAAGUCGGUACUCCCCCUACCGGUCCUUCCAGACCCCACAACACCCCAGCUUUCUCUUCACGGACAAGCUAAUCUCCUGGUCGGCCACCUACCUCCCCACCGUCCAGAGCUGCUGGAACUAUGGCUUCUCCUGCACCUCUGACGAGCUCCCAGUUCUGGGCCUCACCAAGUCCAGCUACUCCGAGCCUAUGAUUGGCUAUGAAAACAAAGCACUGAUGCUCUGUGGAGGUCACAGUGUGGUGGAUGUCACCAACUUUGCCGGCUCUAAGGCUCCUGUCCCCAGUGCCCUGGAUACCAAUAGUUCCAAGAUUUCUUCCCUCUUUCCCUGCACCUCGGGGGCCUUCAGCGGCUUCCGUGUGGUCAUCCGCCCCUUCUACCUGACUAACUCCACUGACCUGGACUAGAUGGUCCCUCUCAGUGGUGGGAACUCAGACACCCACGUGUCCCCUUCUGUGUAGCCACUCCCAGCAGCCUGCCACCAGAUUCCCUCUAGCCUCCACUGUCUUUAUGAGCCUUAAAUUUUACUAGGUUUCAGCCAGCAUUCACUCCAGUGCUGAGAGUCCCCGGGGCUCCAUUGCAGGCACAAGCAGGUUCUGUGAGGUCCAGUGGGUAGCUCAGUCUGCUAAUCUGAAAUCAUUAAAGUCACACAUGCUUCUCAC